AACGACGAUGGCGCGAACAACUGGAACAAUGACGACAACGAUGAUGCCGGGGGCAACGGCAACAACGCCAAUGGAGACGACGCCAACAACAACGCCGAUGGAGACGACGCCAAUGGAAACGGAGGAGGCGAUGCCGUCCAAGCAGAACAAGCCGCAUACGCCAAUGCCGACGACGACGUCUUUCACUGGAACUCCAAUGUCGGGUUUGACGGAGUCAGUGUCAUGCCAAUCUCCUGCAUCAACUACAACGGCGGACAAAUGAUCAAGUUUCAGCUGUUUGACUCUGAGAACAGCUACCAAUGCCACUUCUCGGAAAUCGCAACCUUUGUCGUCUCGAUUGCUCACUACAUGAGAGGAUAUUUCAACUAUCAGGCUUUGGUCAAUGGCAAGGACUUUGAACUGCCGGCUGAUGCUGGAUAUCUGAACUGUGUCAUGCUGCAAGAAACAAUCCAAAACGAUUCUCCCCUCUACGCCAAAAUCGGAUGCGUCGAUCGGGAAACUUUCACCUCCACAAAGUUGCAGCUUCAUCUAUACCUUAACAAGGCAAAUGGAAACUGGUACGACGAUUACUACAUUAGCCAAAAUGGGCAAAAGAAUGGGGGAAACAAUGAUGAUGAUGGAAACGAUGCCUAUCAACAAGCCAAUGAUGAUGUGAAUCGAGAUGACGACUGGUAUUACUAUCAUUACGACGGUCAAAACUACAACGCCUUUGUCAAUGAUGAUGACUACUACAGCGCAAAAGACGAUGACAGCAACAACAACGUCAACCAGUACUACUACCAGUACGAUGGCAAUGACGGUUACUACAACGAUGAUGGUGGUGGCCGACGAAUGCGACAUCGAAUGCUGGAGUUGGCCGAGAAGGAAGCGCCCCUUGCUUCAGUCGAAGCAGCCGCCCCCGGUCAAUUAGAAGCCUACAAUGCAGAGUUCUGGGGCGAAUACAAUGAGCUUCAAGCAAGUCGGUCGCUGUAUGAAAACAACUACGAUGUUGGAGACUGGAACAUGUGCCAGCGUAUCUACAAGUAUGGGGUUUGGUGUGACGAAGAGUGCCGAGCCCUCGAUUUCUUCCGAACGGACCAAUGGUCUGCAUCGGACAUAUUCCUACUGUCAAUCAUGUGCACGUUUGUGACGGCAAUGAUGCUCCUCGUGGUCGCAAAACGACUGAAAGCACAACAAAAAGCAAAAAUAUACGGGGAAGAGCAGCCUAUGCCCGGUUUGCCACCGCUGGCAAUGGCGCUCAUAUUCUUUGUCAUCAUGUUCGUGGUUGUGGCAUUGGCAAAACUGCGGUUUGUCAACGAAACCCUUGUAUUUGCAGUGGUGACCUGCAUCCUUUUGUUCAUUUACGUGUUGCGUUUGACCCUGUUCGAAAGCCCGCGCCCAGUACUGCUCGCUGCUCCCAGCUACUUCGAGCGCUACGACGAAAAAAAUUUCGGACAAGCCUCCUAUUGA